CAGAACUCCGCCCACUCCAACUUGAACCGACAACUCUGUACAUCGGAGAAGGGCUUGUGCGCCAGUCGGUCCUCUUACCUGGUUCGGGGAAAGGCCUUGUGCAACGUUAACGAUGGCUUGUCAGCACCACGUACGGACCGUGUUCGUGGCUCUUCUGGGACUCGUGGCGCCGGUGCGCUGUAUAACAAGAGGGCAACUUUUCCCGUUCGGCCAGAGCGCCAGAGACCAGCUCCUGGAGAGGGGGAACGACCAGACGCACCAGCUCCACUUGGACGGACCCGUUUUGUUUUAUGAUGGGACGUUCGACAGCAUCUUCAUCAACACCAACGGCUUUGUUGCCACAACACAGCCAUCCAGUGAGUUGACAUAUCUUGGCAGCAUGCCAGCAGCGUUCGGCAUGAUUGCACCUUUGCAAGGAGAUCUGGACACAAGCGAUGGUGUGGGGAAAGUUUUUUUCCGUCAGGAUACCAGUCCGGCCGUCCUGCGACAAGCGGCCAGUCACAUUAAUAGGGCUUUCCCGGACGAUGAUGAAGUAGAUCCCACCCAUGCCGUGGUGAUCACUUGGGUAGAUGUUGCCACCCAUAAGCCCCAACACGGGGGAGAUGGAAUAGAGAAGAGGAGAAACACCUUCCAGCUGGUGAUUGCAUCCUUGGAGACGGCCUCGUAUGCCAUCCUGCUUUACACAAGGGAUGGGGUGCAGUUUUCUUCCACACCAGUAGGGGACACUACUGCAGUCAUGCAGGCUGUCUUCAGUAAGGGUUUGGUGCAAGGCUUCAUUGUUUCCCGUCAGGGACCGUACUACCGCAUCACUACUGAGGAUGAGGCAUCAGUCAGGGCUUUAUCAGAGGAAACCAACUCCGGCAUGCGCGGUGUAUGGGUUUAUGAGAUUGGAACAUCACCCUACUUUUCCAACGUGGCUCCUGGGGAGGUCACAAGCCUGCCUAUCGAUCGCUCUCAGCAGAGGGACCCUGAGGGCUACGAGGAGGCCGUUGACCCAGAGAGGCCUGUGCAUCAUGCAGAACAAGUGGAGUACCCUUCCUAUGAGCCGGAUGGCCAGAUCCUAGUGCACCCGGUUCAGUUCCAGCCCCAGCAGCCUGACUUUCACCCUCAGAACCCUGAAGUGGUGGUGGUGGAAGACGGUGAUAUAAAUGUAGAUGUGUUUUCGUACAACUUUGGGACGUGUACUAGCAAUGCUCAAAAGUGCUCCAACUUCGCUGACUGCAAGGACUACUCUAGUGGUUACUGCUGCCACUGCAGGCCUGGAUUCUUCGGCAACGGGAUACAGUGUGUGGCAGAGGGGAAGCCUCAGAGGAUGAACGGCAAAGUGCACGCAAAGGUUUUCGUGGGCAACUCUCCAUCUCCAGUAGAGUUCACCAGCAAUGAUCUGCACUCGUACGUAGUGGUCAACGAUGGCCGCUCCUAUGUGGCGAUCAGUGACAUCCCGGAGAGCCUCGGCCCCUCCCUCCAGCCGCUGUCGGGCCUUGGCAGUGUAAUUGGAUGGGCCUUUGCUCUGGAGCAGCCUGGCCAUAAGAAUGGCUUCAGUAUUGUGGGAGGGGAGUUCGUGCGGCAGGCUGAAGUGACCUUUCUGCCAAGGAAUGAGAAACUAAUCAUCAAGCAGGAGUUCAAAGGCAUCGAUGAGCACGACCAUCUGGUGGUGAGCACGACCCUGGAGGGCCGGAUCCCCGAGGUGCCCCGUGGCUCCACCGUACAGAUUGACCGCUACUCUGAAAUUUACCAGUACAGCAACAACUUGAUCACCUCAUCCUCCACGCGGGAGUACGUGGUGAGCCUGCCUGACGGCUCCACCGAGACCAGGACGUAUCAGUGGCGCCAGACCAUCACCUAUCAAAGCUGCCAGCACGACAGGGCCUCCAGGGAAGUUGCAGCCACCCAGAUGCUUAGCGUGGACCAGGUCUUUGUUUUGUACGAUCCCAAUAAUCAACUCAUCCGCUUCGCUAUGAGCAACAAGAUUGGGGAUGUAAAUGGAGAACAGCCGGUGGAGAACCCAUGCUUUACUGGCAGACAUGGCUGUGACACCAGCGCCGUCUGCAGACCGGGACAGGGCACCCAGUUCACCUGCAGCUGUGCUGCCGGCUUCAGAGGCAACGGCCACACGUGCUACGACAUUGACGAGUGCAGCGAGAAUCCUCAGAGCUGCGGCUACAACUCCAUCUGCAACAACCAGCCAGGAACCUUCCGCUGUGAGUGUGUGGAUGGUUAUCAGUUCGCCAGAGAUGGGCAGACUUGCAUCGAGGUAAACCGACCUGUGGACCACUGUGCAGCCGGUUCUCAUGACUGUGACGUCCCUGAGCGCGCUAGGUGCAGCUACACUGGAGGCUCGCUUUACAUCUGCUCCUGUCUGCCGGGGUUCGUGGGAGAUGGCAGAGCCUGUCAAGACGUCGAUGAGUGCGAGGCUGGCAGGUGUCAUCAGGAUGCCGUCUGUUAUAACAACCAGGGGUCCUUUACUUGCCAGUGCAGGCCAGGUUACCACGGCGACGGCUUCCAUUGCACCUCAGAGAGGACAAAAACCCAAUGUGAGACCCACAGGGACAGCUUUCUGGGUGCCACUGGGUUUGGUCGACCCCACAUCGGCCAUUAUGUCCCCACAUGUGAUGAGCAUGGAGCCUACGAACCCACGCAGUGCCACGGCAGCACUGGACACUGCUGGUGUGUGGACCGUAACGGACAGGAAAUCCCUGGGACGCGCUCCAGGCCGGGCAGCCGACCCAUGUGCAUUGACCAUGAAGUUGUGAGACCCCCUGUGGGACCGACUCCCCGACCUGAUGUCCACCCCUUGCCCCCGGGAUCACAUCUGAUGUUUGCCCAGAGUGGCAGAAUAGAGUAUGUCCCCCUGGAAGGAUAUGAUAUGAAGAAAAGUGAUGCCAAGGCUGUCCUCCAUCUACCCGAGAAGGUGAUAGUUGGAGUGGCGUAUGACUGCGUGGAGAAAAUGGUCUAUUGGACAGACAUCACAUCGCCUUCCAUCAGCAAGGUCAGCCUGCAGGGGGGAGAGCCCAUUCCUGUCAUUCAGUCAGAUCUGGAUAGCCCAGAGGGCAUCGCCAUUGACCACCUGGGCCGAACUAUGUUUUGGACAGACUCCAUGAAGGAUCGGAUUGAGGUGGCCUCUCUGGAUGGGUCUCAGAGACGGGUCAUUAUCAACUCCGGCCUUGUGAAUCCUCGUGCUAUUAUUGUUGACCCCUCCAAUGGAAAUCUGUAUUGGGCUGACUGGAAUCGGGAAGCUCCCAAGAUCGAGACGUCAUACAUGGAUGGGUCCAACAGAAGGGUGCUGGUCAAGGAUGAUCUUGGUCUACCGAAUGGCUUGACCUAUGACCCCCAGAGCUCUCUGCUGUGUUGGGCAGAUGCAGGUACACAUAAAAUGGAGUGUAUGAAUCCCGGCCACGGUGACCGCAGGAAGGUGAUGGAGGGAAUCCAGUACCCCUUCGGAAUCACCGCUUAUGGAAAGAACAUCUAUUUUACUGACUGGAGAAGGGAGGCGGUGAUCACAGUGGAUCGCUAUGCCGGCAGGGAGACGGACGAGUUCCAACCGCAGAAGAAGACCAAACUGUACGGGAUCACCGCAGCGUUGGCCCAGUGUCCAUCCGGACAGAACUACUGCACCGUGAACAACGGCGGCUGCACCCACCUGUGUUUAGCCACGCCCACCGGCCGCUCCUGCAUGUGCCCCGAUAACGCAGUGGGGGUGAGCUGCGUGGAGAGGGACGGCAGGUACUGAGAGGAGGACGGCGGUAUUCUGUAACGUCUGGCGGCAAAUUAGGUGCCACUCGGCUCACUAAACAGUACUUAGCUGUUGGAAAUACCACACAAAAAAAAAAACAAAACAAAAAAAAAAACCAACAGGUGGUGGACUGCUGCGCCUUUCCGCCCCCCGCCCACUCAGUGUUACCCUCGACAGUCGGGUCAUCUAUUCUCUCAAAUAUCCGCUACCACUUUAUAAAUCCCACGAUCGUCUUUCGCAAUUGUAAAUAUGAAAACGCUUUGUAAGCCUAUUUACACUGAGGGGGGGAAAAGAAAAAACAAACAAAACUCAAGGAACAAAUAAUUUAAUGUGAACUUCAUUACAGCAGUACUGUGUACACGUGGUUGAUCAGUUGGCUCCACCGUCUCAUGUGUGUUGUGUUACACCGUGGCAUGUUUGUAUUAUCCCGCAGCCAUGUUUCUAGAGCCGGAUGUGGCCGGAGUGGGUCUGCGCAAGCUGUUGGGAUAAGUUUACAUGUGGGGGGGGGGG